AUCACAACCACCACCAUCGUUUGCAUUGGGCACCCGUAUUCACCUCGUUAUCCGUGGGCAGCUGAGUGAGACAGUUUAAAAAAAUAGCAUCUUGCAAGCACUUUGUCUCGUCUUUUCUCAGUUUAUCAAAGUAUCCGGUAUCCUCGCAAUCUUCUCCCCGAACUCUCGGUGAGAGCGCUACGACACUUGUUGAUUUUUUCAAACUCUUCCUGCUGGUUAAGUUUGAGGCAUCAUGUCUCUGUAUUCUCAGAACCACGCAUAUGGUCAGGUCGCAUAUCCUGCUCUAGGAUAUCCCCAACCUGGUUUAUCAGCUUACCCGUACCAACAACCGCCCGCACCAGCACCGCCUGCGCCUGUAUAUUAUGUGGAUCCCAAUUCUUUCCGUCGUGAUUAUACUGCACGUUUGGCGGAACUUACAAUUAAUUCCAGGCCGAUUAUUCAAAACCUAUCAAUGGUUGCUCAAGAAUAUUCAAGAUGGGCCGAAGUUGUUGCACAAUGUUUAGAGAAUCAUAUACGUAGGGUUCCGCCUUGGAUGAAACUUCCAGCGUUUUAUUUGUUAGACGCGAUUUCGAAAAACGUCUAUGAACCAUAUGGGCGGCAUUUUGCUGCAUAUGUCAUUCCAUUGUUUUUGGAGUCUUAUGAACAGGUUGAUCAGAAUACUCGCAGCAAGAUGGAAGAGAUGCUCCUCACGUGGCGCACUGGCGCUCCAAAUGGUAAAGAAUUAUUCGGCUUCGUUCCUCAGCUUGCUCUCGAAAGAGGUGUCUGGGGCGAGUCAAGUGCGACAGAUUCAUCAAGUAGUACUUUGAGCGGCUCAGGUCAGAUUUCGAAAGCUCAAGUACUUAGCGAGUUAGAAUAUACCCUUGGCCAGAAAGAGCGAGCCCUCCAUUCAAAUCCGUACGAUACAGCAGCAGCGAAGCAUGUGGAUGUACUACUGCAGCUAAGAAAGCUUGUCGAAGCUGGCGUAUCACAAAAGGAAUUACGCCAAAUACUCGGUCAAUUAAGAGCUAUGGGCCGAACUUCUGGUCCUCCGUCCCAACCUCCAUCAACCGUUGCACCAUAUCCCUCUUCGUCAUAUACACAGUCCUACCCAGUCCCAGUGUCUCAACCUUCUUAUUCACAUAGCAUGCAACCUAGCUUUUCUCCGUCUGCUCCGUCUGCAUACUCCUAUAACUCGCAGAAUCAACCAAAGAUAGAACAAACCACCCUUUCUUCUCUUCUGCAACCUCCAGAGGCACCUUCAUCGUCAUCGAAUAACAUAACCGGUGUACCUCCCACCAAUAUAGCAAAUUUGUUUAGCGCCUUGUUGAAAGCAGGUGUCGUAUCCGCUUCCGGCACCCCCACUGGCGCGGGUGCCACUGCGAAGCCUGAAGGCAGUUCUGUUGCGCCGAUGGAUAUGGGGCGUGAAGCAUCGAGGGAAUAUCGCAAGUCUAUUCUUAAACAUUCGAUAAAACUUACCACAUCGGACAUAACUAAGAUGCGCAGUCCAAUAGUACACUUCCUAUUUGAUCGUCUGCCUGUGCAGUGUAAGCAAUGUGGUAUCCGUUAUGCGGAUAAUGCUACGGGCAGAAAAGAUAUGGAAGAUCAUUUGGAUAUGCAUUUCAGACAAAACCGUAAGGCUAAUCAGAAUAUCGGACGUGGUCAUAGCAGGAGUUGGUUUGUUGGGAUUGAGGACUGGAUACAUGAUACAUCUAUCGACAUGAAAGGAAAAGGUCGUGCUGAUGGAUCACGACCACUAAAUGUCAAGGCUGCAGCUGCUGCAGAGGCAGCGAAACGAGAAGCUGAAUUGCGAGAGCAGUUUGUAGUCGUGCCUCCGGGCGAUGAAGCAAAGUCUAUAUCGUGCCCGAUAUGUAAGGAAACCCUUAAGUCGGAAUUCCUCGAGGAUGACGAAGACUGGGUGUGGAAGAACGCUGUUAAGAAGGAUGAUAGGAUCUUUCACGCGACUUGUCACGCUGAGGCGUCGACGUCCGUGCACAGCUUGGCUGCGCGGCUGCGGAACGAAGUGGCAGGGCGAAGCCGAUCUGGAACGCCGGAAGGCCCGUCGCUGCGCUUGACUCCCCCAAAGGGCGUAUCUACGCUGCGCAUAUCACACUCACCUUCGCCUGAUUCAAAGCUUGCUGGAACGAAACGUAAGGCUGUCAAUGAUGAUCCUAAUUCGGAUGCAUCUUUGCAAUAUGAACAUGAUGCAACACCGCCCAUGAAGAGAUUGGCGCUUUCGGUAUUAUCAUGAUUGAUGAAAGAUACUGACUUUGGGCUACCGCCUUUUUUUCUUCUUUCUUUUAUUAUUAUUUCGCAUUAUCACUUAUCUUUAUCAUGGUCAUCAUCAUUUGUAUACUCUGCAGGCAUAUUUACAAGAAAAUUAUUGGAUAGAUGUUAUUAGCUGAACGUAUACUUGCAUUAUAUGAAUAGGAGUGCUGUUUGACUUGAA